CCACAGCACGGCAGUCACUGGCUGGCGGCAGUUCACUCCGCAGCAUCUCGAGCAAGAUGGCGCUGUGUCGUGUGCUGGCUGUGUUGAUGGCGGUAGUGGCUCUGGGCUUCGCUGACCAACCCCGAACACGCGAAAACCCUGUCACGCCGGGCUGGCCCUGCCCCAUCGACACUGAGAUCAGUCCUUGCGUGUGUUCCCAGGACGAACUCUACAACCUGUACAUGGACUGCUCCUUGGCCAAGAGUGACGAGCAGCUGGAGAGAAUAUUUACCUCCGUCUUUCCCUUCCCAGACUUCUAUGAACUCAGAAUAAUUCACGACCGAGACGACAUAGACAACGUGAUCGACGAAAUCAAUCCAAACACUUUCGCGGAACUCACGUUUGAGCGAGUCAUCAUCACGGGGACGAGACUCACGGAGAUCAUCGACGAGGCCUUCGCCGACUCACACGCAACACUCAAUUACCUCGACCUGUCCAGCAACUACCUGCACACCUUUCCCUUCGAGUCCCUGCCGCUGUACGUGCAGCUCAACACCUUCAUCAUCGACGACAACCAGUUCCCCGAGCUGUACAAUCUCGAGUCGCAGUCCCUCCAGGUGUUCAGCGCCAACAAAAACCCCGGACUGCUGAUGAACAGCGACCACCACUUUUCUGGGGUGCCUAACCUCCGCGAGCUGUACCUCUCGGAGAUCGGUCUCAAGGAGCUCACAACGGGCCUCUUCAGCAACAUGACGCAGCUCCAAGUGGUUGACUUUUCGAGGAACUACCUGACGGAGCUCGAGGCGGGCUCCAUCGCGGUGUCAACGAAUACAAUAAAGAAAAUCAACUUUGACCUUAACGAUAUCUUCUUCGUCAGGCACGACGCCCUUGUGGGCUUUGCGGAAGAUGGAUCGCUGAGCAUGGCGUCGAACCAGAUAGUGGAAUUGCCGGAGGAACACUGGAAACAUAUCUUUGAGCAGCUAAAGAGCCGCGAGUCUAUUGAUCUGAGAGGCAAUGCGCUGACCUGUGGCUGCGACAUCGACUGGCUCUUCAUGCAGUACGAUCAGGAAUAUCUCUGCCGCCUCACAGAUACCACACUCUGCUACGCCUCCACCCAGCAAGUCAUCUUCCUCGACGUUGACAUUUUCUGUGUCCAGUGCGCAGCCUCCUUUGGCGAUUGUCCGCCGCAAACUGACUGCAAAAACCCAGGGACAUUCUAGCGACCAUCCUCCUCUGUCAAGCAUGGAGUGCUGGGCGGCUCCCCUGAGAUGCCCAAGCGCAGUGAGGGUGCCAGCAAGAGAUGAACACUGGACGGUUUGCUAUCCCGUGGAUGUUUCGAGAGCUGAGGAUGCAACGUUACUGAGCUUCUGUUAGAAUUACAUGAUGAUGGCAGUCGCUUCCCUAGAAAUGGCAGCCCUUUUUUCUUCCCUCUUCUAUAUGUUCCUGCAUUUUCUUAAAUUGUGGAUUUGUUGUCACACGGCCGCGCUGCCCUGGCCUUGCCUCACGCCCUCCUCCCCUACGACGUGUGUCCUCCCAGCGCUAGUCAACAAGCAUCUACUUUCCGUUCCUCAUAAUGGUGAACUUUCGGAAACAAAACUGUCCACCAAAUCUUCUCCUUUCCUUCUUCCAUAUUUUCAGUUUAAAUAAUAUUAUGGUAUGUUCUUGAACGGAUGAAACUACAUUUAUAACUCUACUUUUAGUGUUGGUAGUUUGUACGGAACGUCAUUAACAAGUUCUUUUUGCAUUUUAUGGCUACAACUUUCCUUGCUUUUCCUAUAGUUCUCUUUCCUGUGACUUCAACGCUUUCUUUCAUCGCCUCUCUUUUAUAGCAUUUGUAGGAGCAGCAUUUUAAUUUUCUUUUCUUUAGUUCUUGAAUUGUCUCCCUCGUAGUAUACGCACACAACUACUCUGUAAAGUCGUGUAUUGCUUCAUCCUUUAGCACAAUAAAACUAAAGGAACCCA